CCUCGUGGAAGCUGCAGCAGUGGCGCGCAAAGCGGUAGUGGCGGAGCUCCUCCGAGGACCGGUCCUCCAGUUGCUGCAACGCGGGGACAGCGUGCUCUCCGCCCAACCUCGCCACAGCACUCCGAGGGCUUCCCGCCGGGAUCAUGCGCUGCCCCGAGCUCCCGCUCUUCCUGUUGGCGCUGGUCCUCUGCCAGGUGCCUCCGGGGCCAGCUGCCCCGGUGCCUGCUGGCGGAGGGACAGUUCUGGCCAAGAUGUACCCGCGCGGCAACCACUGGGCAGUGGGGCACUUAAUGGGGAAAAAGAGCACAGAUGAGUCCCAGUAUGUGUCCAAGGAAGAAAGCCUGAAGGAGCAACUGAGGGAAUACAUCCGCUGGGAAGAAGCUGCAAGGAAUUUGCUGGGCCUCCUGGAAGCAAUGGGGAAUGGAAGCUAUCAGCCACCACAGCAUCAGCCCCUGGGCGAUCACCAGCCUACUUGGGAUACAGAGGAUAGCAGCUAUUUUAAAGAUUUGGUAGACUCUCUGCUCUGGAUUCUCAAGGGGAAGAAAGGAACCCCCAGCUGAAGGGACCAUGACAAAGACAGCCUCCAAGGAGCAAAACAAAACCCUUCAGAGGCCGCGUUUCACAAGCAUCAAUUCUGCCGGAUCAUCAGCAAGAUUUCCCUUGUGCAAAUUACUUAGCUAUUCUUGUAUCUUUCAACCUUGACUAAACUCAUGAUUUUUGAGGAGCAUCUUCUGGUUUGAACUUGUUUGCUGUGAACAGCUGCCUAGAAAGAGCCUUUUAAUGAAUGCUUUUUCCAUCUCAGCUAUUUGUUGAUUGGAUUCAGGGCCCCAAUCUGUUACCAUUCACAAUAAAAGCUUAAACACAUUGUUCAAAGGGCAA